UGGUAGGAUGAGCCGUUUUGCUGCUAGCGCACGGUCCGGAAAGUUGGAUGUGAGGGGGUCCUUGCUUGUGUUUGUGUGUGUUGCCUGCCCUUGCUCGACAAAGGUGCUUGACGUAUGUGAACGGUACAGGAAAGGGAAAUUGAAUAGAAGAAGGGUAAUAAAAAGAAAAGAAAAGGCCCGACGGACGCCAAGGGGGUGUGAGAGCGGCGAUGAACGCGACCAGGCAAGGCGACGGUAAGGUGGCUUCCGUCGAUCGGGGAGCUAUCGACGGCGCAGGGAGACUUUGCUUGUCAAAGGAAAAAGGGACUCCGGAUCAAAACAGAGGAAUGACCCUGGCAGGAGCUUGUCGCGGGCAGAUGAGCGUGCGACUUGAUGCUCGAGGCCACCCUUGCGCCGUGAGAGAAGAGGAAGAAGACGAGAGGGAAAUCGCGCGUCGAAACCGGUCGACAGACGAGGUAGGAACAACGGGGAGCAGAUCCGAGGCGGAGAAGGAAAAGGGGGUGGCGAACGGACAGAGGGAAGACCAGCUUUCCCAGGGGAACAAAACGAAAAUUGGAAGAUCGCACGCACGUCGUGGGGGUCAAUCAGUCAAUUUCGUCACCGACUCGGCUUGUGACGCACAGCCCCAAUCUCUACUUAUCUAUGGUGGCUCGGUCGCCAUCGGAGGGGGGGACUCGGAAAAUAUCAUGACUUCAUCUCAGCGUCCGCUGUGAAAGAAUGUCGAGCUGAGUGGUGACAAGGAGUCGACACUCGUUACGAUGACGACGGUCGCUUGUGCUCACAACCCAUUAGGAAGGCCGUAGAUAAUGGCUCAUGAUUCUAGCUAUAUCCAGCGAAACAGAGAGUUUGUUCGGCAGCUGC